AUGACGAACCACUCGACAACCCCUUCGAAUAACCCAACCAACGCUGAUUUAUUAGCCGCAAAUGCCGCCUUGCAGGCCGAGAACCAGCGGAUGGCCGAAUCAUUAGCAGCGAUGCAAAACAAUGACGAACAGAAAAAUAAGAAAGAAAACACUGUGCAACACGAAGAGCAUCAAUCAGAGUCGAACGUUAAGACAGGAGAAACUCACGCUAAGAUGACAAGGCGGCGAAACAACCCUUUUUCAGAAGAAAUAAUGAGCUUUAAAAUGCCUAUGAAUUUCACACUCCCGAUGACACUAUCGCCGUACAAGGGGAUCAGAGAUCCUAAAAUCCAUGUUACAAAAUUUGAAUCAAUGAUGUUUCUUAACAGUGACUCCGAUCCCAUCUUGUGCCGAUCUUUUCCAGCCUUCCUAGAUGGAGCUGCUUUAUUAUGGUUUUCUAACUUACCUGCAGGAUCAAUAUCUAGUUUUGACGAGUUUACUAAACUGUUUAUAAACCAUUUUGCAGCGUCAAAAAUUUAUGUGCGAGAUUCAGACUAUCUUAGCAUAAUCAAGCAGGGUCAACAUGAGAGCUUAAAAAAAUACAUGACGCGAUUUACAGAGGCAAACAUGCAAAUUUCCGAUCUUAAUCCUGAAGUACAGUUACAUGCCAUUAAAAGCGGACUUCGUCCUAGAAAAUUCCAAGAAGCGAUAGCGGUAACAAAGCCAAAAACGCUGGAAGAGUUUUGA